GUUUCCUAAGGCCGGUAUAUUUAAAAAAUGACCAAGAAGUCGAAGAAUGACCUUCUAAGCUUUCUUAAAGCUGUUGGCCUAAACUAUGAUUCAAAGACUAUACUUGAGAAGGACAGUGAAUUUUCUUCAGUUAUUAGUGAUUUGGUAUCUGAACUGGGAAAAUCUCACAAUGUUUCUUCCAAUGUUUAUGCACUUACAGAUGAGUAUGAAUAUAUCAACUUCGUGAAUGGCCUAGGAAAGUUUCUGGAAUCUUAUGGUUGUCCAUAUUCGACGCUGACAGAAGGACCUAUAUUGGAUCGUUUUUCUUCUGUUAAGAAUCGUAGUUUACUGUUACAAUAUCUAUGUUCAGAGAUAAUGGCUAUUAGACAAUUGUCGUCUACAUUGAAAUCAGUUAGCAAACAAACUAAUGGACAUCAUUCUAUGGAUGUGGACAGUUCAGAGGAUGAUGAUUUAGAAAUUAAAGCCUGCUUACAAAAAGCAUUUACAGAUCUUGGUUUAAAAAUACCUCCUGAUGAUUCAGCACCUACUGUAAUAUAUUCUACUCUACAGAAAGGUAUAUCCGAUAGUCUUUCAAGAUGUCCACCUAAUCAUAUGGGCAAAUCAAUUAUCCCGCUGACUGGUAUUAGUGAUCGUCAAUGGUCACAAAUAAUUCGUAUCGCUGCCUUAUUACAACAACAAUAUUCCAGUCGUCAAUCUACUCUUUUAAAACGUCUCGAUGUUACUGUACAAAGUUUUAAAUGGUCAGAUAAAGCAAAAUCUAGUUUAGAUAAAAUUAUUACUGUAUAUAAUCCAAUACGUGAAAAAAUGGGUUUUAUUCCAUAUCCAGACAUUGUACAUGUUUUAGCUGUACGUGAUAAUAUGAUAUUACAAAUUGAAAAAACCAGUGGUACUAAUGCACGUCGUUAUACAUCAUGUGAAUUGAAUAAAAUUUUAAUUGGUAAUGUCCCUGAUCGUGGUGGUAGAGCAUGGGAAUUGGAACCUCCUCCACCGGAAAUGCCUGCUUUUAAACAACGUCAACCAGACAGAGGUGGUGGUACACCUAGAGGUGGUCGUGGCGGCGGUGGCGACGGUGGUUUCAGUGGGGGUCAUCGUGGUGGUGGUUAUGGAGAUCGUGGUAGAGGUCAUGGUGAUACUGCUGGUGGUGAUUUUCAUGCUAAUGGAUUGUACAAUGAUAGAAAAUGUGAUAUUGGUCAUAGAAGAGGUGGUGUUGGUAGUAGUAGUAGUAGUUUUGGUGGUACUGGUAGUGGUAGUGCUUAUGGUAGUAGUCAUGCUCAAAUGUAUGGUCAAACAAUGUCACCAUAUUCUAUGAAUCAUGGUCGAAUGAUCACAACAACAAUUGAUCCUUAUCAACAACAAAUAACUUCAAUCAACCAACAAAUGGGUGAUAUGAUGUUAUUCGAACCUGGUUUAUCUAUUACUGGUGCUGCUGGUGCUGGUGCUAUGUCACAGCAAAAUUUUGUCUUUCAACCUACAAAGGAUCACAUCGCUGGUGAUUAUCAUAAUUAUGCUAGAGGUCAACGAGGUGGACGUAGAGGUCGUGGAAGACCUUACUAACAACAACAACAGCAACAACAAUGUUAUUGUCAUUAAAAUAUCUGUAAUAUGCUUCCUUUAUUAAUCAUUAUAAAAUUGUAUUUACAUUUUGAUUGCAACACAUUUCUUUCCUUUCCUUUCGUUUCCCUCUUUUUUAUUUAUAUGCUAAAGAAAAUUUAAUAAAUACCUCAUGGAGAAAAUUAAAAUUAUUCUCUCUCUCUGUGUACAGUCGUUCGUGGCUAUUUAGUAAUUGUCUAUUGGGAAUCCAUACGAAUCAACAUCAUUUCAGUAAUAUAUGCGAUGAUUGCCUAUUAUUAUUUUCUUUGUUUGAUCAAUAAAAGUGUAUCACGUGACUAUGCAUUGUCAUUUUACUUACUGUACCUUACGCGCCUGUUACACGCUAAUGUAGCACAUAAGCUACCGACCAAUAUCUCCUCCAGUCUAUUCUGUCCUGGGCUCCCCUUUCCAGUUUUGUUCAAUUAUUGUUUUUAAUCUUUCGCAUAUCUGUCUCCAUUUCUCAGAAAUCGAAUAUCAAUGAAAGUACGGGAGUAAAUCACUCGUUUAAUGACAUUGUUACACUAUUUAGAAAUCUCAUUUUAUUUCCCUUUCGGUUCUUCUGGAAGUUAACUAGUGCCUACUGCUUUACUACUAACUAACUAACUGUUGCACAAGAUGUGUUCAAGAAUAUUUUCACUUCAUCAUUUUGAUGCUACUAGUAACGAUUAAAUAAAAUGUUUCUUUUCUGUA